AUGGACUCAUGGAAGUCGCUGUGGAAGCCUGCUAUGUUUCAUAAGACAAUUUUGGUGCGGAUCUGGAAUCCAGGAAUUCGAGAGUGCCCUCCCGGGGCGGUGGUGGCUGGCCCUCAACAGCCACAAAAUCGUCAUGAUACACCUUCUAUGGAACUAUCAGGGCUUGGAUCUGAACCUGACAGUCCAGCACCUGGGAACCAUCACUAG